GCUCUCUAGAGGCACAGAAUCCCACCUCUGUGCCAGGCUGCAUGAGGAGCUGUCCAUCCGCUAAAGGAUGUGAGCAGGACCGCCGCCUCCCAGCCGGCAGCAGAGAGCGCCCCGGGCCUCCGCUACCGCAGCGGCCAGCCCCCGCCCUUCGCCAAGCCGACCUGGGCGGGUGUGGAAGCCGGAUCCCGCUCUUUCAUUUUCGUUUCCCGGAAGGAUAGCAAUUACUGAAGCGCCGUGCGCGCCUGCUUGCCCGGGAACCGAGGGCACAGACCCGGCUAUAUGAAAGAGAUUUCCUCCCAAGCGACCUUCCCGUUUUGAGGCCAAGUUAGGGGUCUGGGGGAAGAGGGCCCGAGAGCGCGCAGGCCUAGGGCCCAGCGGCUGCAGCCACCGGAGCGCUCACGACGUACAGCCGGGAGGCUCCCUCGCCUUCACCUGUAAUGCAGGAGAGAGCUUUGGCCAGUUCUCCUGUGAGCCCUGAAGCAGCCACACUGCACCCAGGCACCCAGGCCCGAGGCAGAUGUGAAGCCAGAGUAAAACUGCUGUUGGAGAGGGGAAUCUGCAAGCUGCCAGGAAGACUCCGCAUCCAGCCCGUGCUCUGGAGCAGGGAGGACGUGCUACACUGGCUGCGCUGGGCUGAGCAGGAGUACUCUCUGCAGCACACGGGGGAACACAGCUUUGAGAUGAACGGCCGCGCCCUGUGCAUCCUCACCAAGGAUGACUUCCGGCUCCGCGCCCCGGCUUCAGGUGACGUGCUGUACGAGCUACUCCAGUACAUCAAGACCCAGCGGCAAGCCCUGAUGUGUGGGCCCUUUUUCGGAAGGGUCUUCAUGCAGAGGAUGCCCCCCCAGCCCUGCCCCUACUCCCUGGAAGAGGGGACUGGCUUCCUGCAGCAGCCACCCGACCUAGGGCUUGCCAGCUCCUGGAGCCACCUGGAUGUCCCUGGCCCAGCCAGCUGGCCCCUUAGUAAGCAGGAGUCCUUCAGUUUUUCUCGCUGGGCAGAGCUCGGCUGCAGGGCAGAGGGAGCCGGCUCCUUCCCCACAACGCCAACACGGCAGGCCCCCAUUGAUGGCAGGAUCGCAGACUGCCGGCUGCUAUGGGAUUAUGUGUACCAGCUGCUUUCUGACACCAGGUACGAGCCCUACAUCAAGUGGGAAGACAAGAACGCCAAGAUCUUCCGUGUGGUGGAUCCUAAUGGGCUCGCCAGACUCUGGGGAAACCACAAGAACCGGGUGAACAUGACCUACGAGAAGAUGUCGCGUGCCCUGCGCCACUACUAUAAGCUGAAUAUCAUUAAGAAGGAACCUGGGCAGAAACUUCUGUUCAGAUUUCUGAAGACACCCGGGAAGACCACCCAGGACGAGGACAGCGGCAGGGAGCUUCUGGAGAGCCAGGAGCAGGACAGACUAGAUUCCAAGGAGGAGAUGCUGGAAGUCUCUCCGUGAACGGCACGUGGACUCCAGGCGCCAGGCACCUGUAGGACAGAGACAGAGUCUCACAUGAAAGCCGCUGUAGAGCCCUCCUCCCUCCACCCAGGGCAGCAGGAAAGCCCAGCAGAGUUCUGCACUCACAGCUGGUGUCUCAGACCUCAGAGCCGCCUGGGAAGCUUGGGGAGUGAGAAGGGCUGAGGAUAUGGCGGGAGUAUCAUUCUUCAGGCAGGGCAGCCCUGAGGCUGGGCGGGGGCACAGGGAGUGUGAGCUCUCUUCCUGCCCUUCGCCUUGGUCCCUGCCCAGCUCAGGAGAGGAAGCUGAUCUCCAAGAAAACAUCUAGUCCAAAGAAGGAAGCCGAGGUCCCUCGCUGAGCCUCCGCUUUCCUCAUCUGCAAAAGGGCAUGUCAUGAAAACCCCCUUGGGGGCUGGUGCAUGAAAUGGAAAAAAGGAUUGCUGCUUUGUCAACUCUGGUGAUAAUAAUAAUGAUACUGGACAUUGAGGGGCUUACUGUGUGCCAGGCCUUGUGCCAAGAGCCUAACUUACAUUUUAUCUCAUUCAAUUCACAUUCCAGCCCCCUGAGGUUUAAAGAUGAGGCAAAGGAGGCAGAGGCUGGCAGAACUGGGAUGCUUGCCCUGAGCCCAGCGCUGUGACCUAUUCUUUCUCAGCACCACUGAAUGUACUGGGCGCUUCUCAAGCAGAGGCCAUGGCCCUGCCUCUCCAUCCUCAGCAUCUUCACUGAACAGUUCACCUCACCUGGCCCAACCCCCUUGUCCUCAGUUUUCAGUGCCUGGCGACUCUGACCCAUCCCCACCCCAGCUUAUUAUUUACCUGCAUUGGCCAGGUGACCUCGGGCAGGUUAUUCCAUCUCUCUGGAGCCUCAUGUUUCUUGUCUGCAAAGUGGGGGUGAUAUUCCUGGCCCAACCUCAUAGGACUCCCAGAAAACCUCAAUAAGACAGUAUUUGUGCUAUGCUUAGUGCAGGCCUGCUGUGUGAGGAGCUAAGGAAACCCCACAAAUCCAAAGCUGCUCCAAAGCAUGAAAAUGCCCCUCCUAUUGGCUCAGCUCCCCAGCCCCCCAGGUACCUCCUGAUGGGGUCAGAGCCUCUGCCCUCAAAACCCCAGGGUGGGAAAGUGAAGGGAGUGUUUUCACUACAUCGAAAACACAACUUCUUGGACUCGCAUCUUCCUUUCUGGAAGGAGGAAACCACCUCGGCCUUUUGCCUCCAACAGAUCAGGAAACCCCCCCCGCCUGGCUGCGCCUGAGCUGGCCUUGGGUCACUGUAGUGAAGCUGAUAAGGAUUCUUGGAUUUGGGGGCUCCAACUGUGACCGCCCAUAAGCAGGGAAAAUCCUGGCUUAGUCCUGCCUGGGGCCCUGGACAAUUCUGCACCAGAAGAGGCCCAACAGGGGCCUCAGCAAAAACGUUCAGCAGGAACAUCCUGGGCCCUUUGAGUCUUUCCUGAGACUGUUCCCUCUCCUUGACUUUGCUUCAGGAUGAAUGCACACCCCACAGCCCUUAUCAUCCCAGGCCCAGAGUUAGACUGGGAGGGACCAGCGAAAUUGACUCGUCCAGGCUCUCCUGCUAUAGAUAAGGCUGCUGAGGCCAGAGAGGGGGAGUGACUUGCCCAAGGACACACAGCCCUGCUCAGGGUGCCGCCCCCUAGCGUUGCCUCAUUUCUAGUUGCUUUGUAUCUCGCUCACAGGUCUGAGAUGCAGAGGUUUAAAAGAAAGGAUGGAGUGGUAAGUCACUUCUUCCAGUUACAGUGCUGGCAUCUGCCUGCUGUCAUGUUCAUGGUUGUCAGCAGCUGUGAAUCCCAAGGACUGUGGCUUCACAGUGGGGGGGUUAAAUCUUACUCCAUGCUGGGACUUCUGGGGCCAGGGGUGGGCUGUGGGCCCGGGCAGAGUCCACCAGCCCAGAUCCCAGAGGCCUGGACUCCCCACUCGGCUCUGGGCUGAAGUGCACCCCACUUCUCCAAGCACAUUCGGCCCUGGUCUGGGAUGAACACCCAGGUGCCAGGAAUAAGGGGAUUCAUUCAGCCCUUCCUUCCAUGAGCAUUAAUUGGGCACUUGCUAUGUACCUGGCACCAGAGAAGGCCUUGGGUUUAUAUCUAUUUAUUAUACCAUUAGAUUCCUGAAAACUGGUGGAUCACUGAAAACAAAUUAUGUCAAAAUGGACUUUCUCACAAAUCAUUUUAAUAAGCAAGAAAUAGAGUUCCAUGGUUUGAAAAAGCA